AUGGCGGACCCACAGCUAUUGAUACAAAAGGCUCAAAAGAAGGCUCAACCUUCGUCGGGAUUUUUCAAGCUCUUUGGGGCUUCUGACUCUUACAGAUAUGAAGAAGCUGCAGAUCUAUAUGUAGAGGCUGCUAACCUUUACAAGCUACGCCGGGAGCUGGAAACAGCUGGCGAUUUAUUUCUGGAGGCCGCAGCAUGUCAAUCGAAGGCCCAAAGCGACGAUGAAGCUGGAAACACAUUUGUCGAGGCUUUCAAAGCUUUCAAGGCUGGGUCGUCGCCUACAAAGGCAUGCAACGCUCUUAAUAAGGCGAUAGACAUCUUCACUCGCCGGGGGCAGUUUAGAAGGGGAGCAAACUUCAAAUUCGAACUUGCAGAGAUUUUGGAGGCAGACCUCCGCGACUACCCUGGUGCAAUUUCUGCAUACGAAGUAGCAGCGGACUGGUACUCCCAAGACCAGGCACUAGCACUUGCUAACAAGGCUUACCUCAAGUGUGCCGACAUUCAGGCGUUGGAAGGUCGCUACAUCGAAGCAUGCGAUGUGUACCGCAAAGUCAUUGCCAAUUCCGUGGGUAACAGGCUCAGUCAAUGGUCUUUAAAGGACUACUUUUUAAAAACUGCACUUUGCUACUUGGCUGCAGACGAUCAAGUCGCGGCUCAAAAGACCUUGACAGAGGCUCAAGAACAGGAUUCAAACUUUGCCGGUUCGCGUGAGUACGAACUAGCCAAUGCUCUACUUGAGGCGUGUGCCGAGGGUGAUCCUGAGAAGCUCAGUGCCAAAGUAUAUGAAUUUGAUCGCUUUUCCAAACUUGACAAGUGGAAGACUACUAUUUUGCUGAAGAUUAAGGACUCCAUCGCCUCUGCCGAAGAUGAUCUGCUUUAA